UACCUUUAGAAGAUAAUUUUAGAAGAGGAAAUAAAAUGCUAUUUUAUGCAAAAUGUGCAUCUGUCCUUGUUGCUCCGCCAAUAUUAUUAAAAGAUCACAAGCUGGCGAUGGAGUAUUAUACGAAACCCGGCUCGUUGUCUAGGAAUUGUAAGAAACCAUGGGAGCUUCUUCAUCUUUCAUCUCAGCACUCACAAAAAGGCUGGAAGGGAAGGUAGCUCUAAUUACAGGAGGAGCCAGUGGGAUAGGACAAUGCACUGCUAAAGUGUUUGCACACCAUGGGGCCAAAGUUGUAAUUGCUGAUAUCCAAGAUGAUUUGGGUCAUUCAGUUUGUGAGGACAUAGGGCACUCAAACUGUUCCUUUGUCCAUUGCAAUGUCACUGAUGAAGACCAAAUCAAAAGUGCUGUUGACAAAGCUGUCGCCACUCAUGGAAAGCUUGAUAUCAUGUUUAACAACGCCGGCAUCGUGGAUGCCAACAAGGCUCGAAUAAUCGACAAUGAGAAAUCCGAUUUUGAACGUGUUCUUAGUGUUAACGUAACCGGUGUAUUCCUAGGAAUCAAGCACGCAGCGAGGGUCAUGGUUCCAGCCCGAAGUGGUAGCAUAAUAUCGACGUCGAGUGUAAGCUCCAUACUAGGUGCAGCCGCAUCGCAUGCGUAUUGUGCUUCGAAGCAUGCAGUGUUGGGACUCACCAGGAAUGCCGCAGUCGAGCUCGGGCAAUUCGGGAUCCGAGUUAACUGCUUGUCUCCCUACGCUCUUGCAACGCCUUUAGCGACGGGAUUCAUCGGGGCUAAAGACGACGAGGAGCUCGAAAAAGCAAUGAGUGUGUUGGCUAACCUUAAGGGUGUGUAUCUUAAAGCUGAAGAUGUAGCAAAUGCAGCACUUUACCUAGCAAGUGAAGAGGGAAGAUAUAUUAGUGGGCAUAAUCUGUUCAUAGAUGGAGGGUUCAGUGUUGUCAAUCCAUCGUUACAAAUGUUCCAAUACCCCAACGACUCUUGAGUACAAGCAUAUGCUACGCAAAUGCUUGCCCGUCUUCCUUUCAUUAGCUUCCAAUUAAAGUUGUAUGAAUAAGAUCUUAUUUAGGAGGCAAUAUAGGCUAUAUUUC